AUGACACCAACACUACUGGAUGCUUUUAAUCAAUGUAAGAAGGGCCUUGCAGAUGCCACAUUGCUAGCUCAUCUCGAUUCACAGACAGAGUUAUCGAUCCAGACGGACGCUUCAGAUACGGCUAUAGGAGCUGUACUGCAACAAUACGAGGACAGCGAAUGGCAACUUUUAGCAUUUUUUUCAACAAAACUCAGCCCAGUCCAGAGAAAGUAUAGCCCAUACGAACGCGAGAUUUUAGCAAUUUAUGAGGCCGUUAAGCAUUUCCAUUAUAUGUUGGAAGCAAGAACUUUCGUAAUCAUCACGGACCAUAAGCUACCUGCAUUCGCUUUUUCCUCAAGCCGCGAAAACUGUUCGCUACGUCGGUUCCGAUAUUUGAACUUUAUCAGCCAGUUCAGCACUGACAUCAGAUUUGUAGCUGGAGAAGAUAACGUAGUCGCAGAUACCCUUUCGCGUGUUAAUGCCCCCAUUUCUGUACACUUAGAUUACCAAUCUCUGGUCAACGCACAAGAAACCAAAAGCAUGUUGCAAGAGCUCCUGAAAACCGGGUCAACCCUGAAACUCACGAGAGUGAGAAUGGACGAGCAAAACUUGCAAGUAUACCACGACAUGUCAACCCACAGCCCGAGAACCUUCAUCACACUUUCGUUCCGCAGAUAG